GGAAAGAGAAAGAUAUGGUUGUAGAAACGGACCAGUAACCUCUGUUCAACGUCAACAUGGCGGAUGGUAGCGCUGGAGUUACUGGUGAAGAUGGUGGGGAUGGAUUCAAAGAUCCUUUGAGAAUGCCAUCUUAUGAUGAGGACGAAGAUGAGGAAGUAGACAUUGUGAAUUUCAGCAGGUCACCAGGUGGAGAGAGUGCAGCAUCAACAAAUGCUCUUGCAGGAUCCUUCAAGAUCGAGGCAGCUGAUGUUGACACCAAAGACUUAUUUGUAACUGUUGAUAAUCGCGAAAAACAUGCAGGCAGUUUUGAAGUCUACAUUACAUACAGAGUUACAACUAAGACUACCAGAGGCUGUUUUGAUAAUUGUGAGUUUGCCGUGAGAAGGCGCUUUCAGGAUUUUGUGUGGCUCCGUCAGAAGCUUACUGAUGAUCAUCCAACUCAUUUUAUUCCACCGUUACCAGAGAAAACAAAUAUGCGGCUUUCCCGAUUUAGCAACGAGUUCUUAGACAUGCGAGAAAAAGCUUUAAAUUCAUUUCUGAACCGAAUUGCUGAACACCCAACUUUGUCAUUCAACGAAAAUUUCCAGAUUUUUCUCACGGCUAAGGCAUGGGAACUUGAAACUCAUAGAAGAUACGCAAAAGGACUUGUAAGUCGUGUUGGAAGUUCGGUAAAAACUACUGCUGAAUCUUAUCGUCUCAAAAAUCGCAGUCCAGAAUUCACGACAAUGGCAGACUAUGUUGACCAAUUUGGACAAAAAAUUGGAUCAGUAGAUAGAAUUUCACAGAGAAUCGUUAAGGAACAAAGUGAGUACCAUACUGAGAUCGCAGCCUUUGCCCCGUCCUUUGAACUUUGGUCUGAUUCUGAAACAGAUGUUGCUGAUAUUCUGCACAGUAUAGCCAUGUGUCUUGAAAAAUGUGCCAACUUCACCAGAUUAGAGAAUGUAGUCCAACAAGAUGACUUUGGAAGUGUAAUUAAGGAGUAUGUUUUAUAUGCUGACGCGAUGAAAAAUGUACUUAAAAAAAGAGAUUCGAUUCAAAUGGAAUAUGAACAGUGCCUUGAUGAACUCAAUCGAAAGAAAAAUGAACGUGAGCAUGUGAAGAUAACAGACCAGAAUUACUCGUUUGCAGCAUUUAUGGGCAAAGAUCCUACAGACGUCAAGCAAGAUAAAAGUAACAGGCUUGAUACACAGAUAACAAAGCUUCAAAAGCAACUAGAGGUAUUGAAUGAUCGUACAGAAGUUGCAAAUGCUGACCUUAAAGCCGACAUGGAUAGAUGGAACAAAACCAAACGUAAAGACAUCAAAGAGCUCUUCACUUCUUGGGCUGAGGGAAGAAUGAAAUAUUAUGACUUGUGUCUGUCUUCUUGGGAAGAUGUCAUCAAGACCCUACAGACUAAGAAGCAGGACGAGGAUCAGUUGGACUCUCCUGAUUCGAAUGAACCAGCAAGUGAGACUAGCGACCCAGAGAUUCUUGAAUACCCAACCCAAGAUACAUAAACACACACAGUUAUAUAACCAAGCUAGGCCUACACUUGUGGAUUUCGGGGCUUGGUAGCCCCAAAUAGAAAAUUUUAUACUGGGUGAUGCAAUCACCACCUCAUCCGAUGUGCCUAGCUUGGGCCCUAAGUUUAAGCCUUUGGGUUAUAGCAUUACAUAAGUCAGGUAAUGAUGGUAAAGGAAAUUUUUUGAGAUAUCAAUACUAUACUAUUUGAAAGAUGGGAAUUAAAUCUAUUUUUUAUUAGAUUUGGUUUUCAUUAAUACACCUUUAAAUGUAUAAACAUUUUGUUGCAUUCAUACUUAUUAUAAAGUUGCAUAUUGCGUGUAAUUUUUAUGCCAAUAUAGUGACAUCUGCUUUCAUACUUUUUACUGGUGCCCUAUCAUUCCAUGCAAUAACAUGUCUAUUUAUUUUCUUCUCAAUAAUGGUAUUGAAUCGUUAUGUGUUCAAUGAAUAAAUUAUAAUUUUAAGACUUUUAAAUUGAAAUGAAGAAAUAUUUGUAAUAUAUUAUGCUACAAUAAGUAUAAUCUCUGUUAAGUAUAAUUACUUUUAAGAACUGUAGUUUCUUAAUACAGAGUGUUGUAUAUAUUGUCAUUUUGUUUUCAGAAAAUUUACUUUUCUAAAAUCUUUGCAUAUUUCCAGGAUUGCAGCAAGGUAUACACCCACUCAUCAUUAUUCCCCCUCCCACCAUUAUAUCCCUUCCCACCCUCAUUCAUACCCCCAUGUCACUACUCCUAGAUACACUGUGUUGUAGAUGAGGGAUCUGCAACAGGUAAAUACUACCCUUCUUGGUUUAAUAUCUAACUUGGGACACACCCCUGGUUAAGCAUUCCUGGAUAAGCAUUCCUAGGAGCACCCUGGACCAACACCCCUGGAUAACCUGCAGUUACCAUUGACUUGACCAUAAGUAUACUCCUUAAUCAAUAUUUAACCAAUUAUUAUAAUCAAGAUACUGUAAUGUGUUUAUUUAAUACAAAUUUAAGUGUUACUUUGCAACAAGUGCUUAAACUUUUCUGUAAAUGGUAGUUUUCUUAAUUACAUUCUCAUAUUGCAAAUAAGAAUAAAUAAAUUUAUUUUAUUUGAAUAUAUACUAUGUCUAUUUAUAUUAUUGUCUUUAUUGCUAUGCUAUAAUUGAUUCUUUUUUUUUUAAAUGUGAACUCUGAAAUAUUAAAUGUAUAGAGUAAUUGUCCAAUAAAGUUAAUAAUUGUAGUUUAAAUUUUUUUUAAGGUUGGUCCACACAUAGAGCAGUGGUCCACAUUAUCAUAUGAUGUCAUAUGAUGACAAAUAAUGUGAUUUGCCUGUGGGUGAGAUAUGACAUCCUGGCCAUUUAUUAUAUUUUACAUCAUCAAUUUUAGAUUCAUUUAGAAAAUCUGCAAUCAUGCCAAACCCAGCACCACUGUGUUUUACAUGAAUCAUUGAUCACAUUUGUAGUUGAAAAAAAAUAUUCUGAAAAUGAUGUUUACCAAUUUAUGGUUUGGACCAACUAAAUCUAUGAGUUUAUAUAAAGGUUGAUACCUGAAGCUCUAGGCUCAUGUCAGAGUACCUAUACCUCUUUCUUAUGGCAUUUGGGUUUUUAAAACUCCUGACAUCUGGUUUGAGAGUCGGAACCCUGACCGCCUCAACGCUUACUAUAAACUACAGUAUUCAAUGACAAAAUUGUAUUUUUGAGCAGUUUUCAGAUUAUGCUACAACAGUAUAUCUAUCAUUAAUUUUUUUUUUUAGAUAAUUAUGCAUUAUUAUUAAGGUUGGAAUGAUUAAAUAAUUAUUAUUUUAGUCCAUUUAUUAUUUUAGUCCAAUAUUGCUAAUGAAUUAUUUAACUCCAUAAUAAUGUAUAAAUAAUCCAGCUUGAAAAUUUCAUGAUUUUGAUUACUGUGUUUGUUUCAAUUAUUUUAAUCGAUGAUUGGUUUUUAAUUAAUUUUUUGAUUUGACUAAUAAUUAAAAUGACUC